AUGCCGCGUCACUUUCAACCUCCCAGUGGCCUUGACACCAUUUACAGCGACGAGGGCGAAGAGUUUGCUGGGCUCGAUGACGUCAUGGGAACCACCUCAGAUGAUGACAUUGAUGAAGCAGCUGCCACUGUUGAGGUUGCAGUAGUUGGGGAAGAUCCGACCUAUGAGGACUACGAGGAUGCUUUGAAGGCUGCGCAGCUUCAGCUGGGGAGCCUUGCAAAGCUUGUCAAAGAGCAGGCUGCAACCAUUGCCACGCUCAAGGCCCAGCAACCUAAACGUAGCAGGAAGCAACCCAGUGGACAAAGCGACCUUCCCAAAAGCAUCGAGGACCGCCGUGAAAUGAUCAGCCAUCUCGGACGUCGAUUCGCGCUCAUGAAUAACCCCUUCUUCCCAAUGAAGUUGGAAGGCCACCUCGUGGCAUCAACACGGCCAAACGUCGCGUCAAGCGAUUCCGAACGCUACCGAUCCGAUGCCGCAAUGCAGGCAUGUCUUUUAGCAGAGGUGUAUGAGGUUGUCCCCUCUGACCUCCAUGCUGCUAUGCACGAGUAUCGCCAGUUUGAGCACAUCUUCACGAAAGCAGGCAAGAGCUUUUUACGCACCGUGAUGUCCGAUCUACGGUCGAAAAUUCUCCCCGUUAUCUUUGGCUCAAUCCCACAAAUUGUGUCCCGCCUCAAAGCCGACUUUAAUCGCUCGGAAAUCCAAGAAUUCGAUGCAUUGUUGAAGCCAGUGUCAGAGCUUGCACGCAAGAAGUAUACGAAGUAUGCGCCAAUUCUAUUCCCCGACUGUCAGACUGAUAUGAGCAUGCUGUUCAUGUCACGAGAGCUAGCAUUGGCACUGAAGGGCCUCUUGCAAGGUGCCGCUUCCAUCUCCCGAACUAAAACUUAUGCCAAACCAAAGACGUACGCCAAACUGUGGAAAGUGUUAUAUGUCACAGAAGGCAGCAUUGCGACGAUCACAAUUUUGGUUCGAGCGGCAUUUUCCCCUGACUCGGAAUUUGAUGCAGCAGGGAAAGGUGCUCGCUCAGGCAUCGACUACGAAAAAGACUUCAAUUCGUAUCGCGAGUUUAUGCAGGCAAAGGCAGGCACACCGUACCACAAGGCACUACUCAAGUUCUAUAACGACAUCAUCUUUAAGGCGCAAACUUUAGACAAUAACACAAUGGCUCCAAACAACGACGACGACAGCAGCGGCCUUGAGGAAGCAUUCACCAGGCUCGCCCUCACCCCGACCACCAGCACCCCAGCCCAAGCCAGCAACUCUGGUGCUCACGCAGAGCGCCAUGCCGACUCAACUAUCAACAGCGCAGGUUCAUCACAUCAGCCUCAAUCCUCGACGUCUGUGCCCUCGCAACCGAUUGUUCAAGAGGUGGCACGACCCGCUAACGCUAGGAAGGGGAAGAAGAAGGCACGGGCGCCUGCAACGGAAUUGGCAACGGUGACAACUGCAACGGAGAUGGCGGCGGCAGCGCCUGCGUCACAUCAGCCUCAAUCCACGACGUCUGUACCCUCACAACCUAUCGUUCAAGAGGUGGCACGACCCGCUAACGCUAGGAAGGGGAAGAAGAAGGCACAGGUGCCUGCAACGGAAUUGGUUGCAAUGGAGAUGGUGGCGGCAGUGCCUGCAGCAACUCGCAGGACCAGACGUCAGUUGACAUUGUUGUGCCAACAAGCAUCCGAAGCCUUAGAACCCAUUGAUGUGUCCUGCCAUCUGAAUCAUCUUGUCGAACCUGAGGAGGUUGUCGAGGUUCUGGCUCUCGUCAGGGUAUCAGCUUCCCUCAAGGGCUUGAGUGAACAAACACUUGCCCAAACUCGAUUCCGCAGGGAGUGCACCGAUUUCGAUGGGGAUGGCGCUCAAAUCGAAGUCGUCCCCGAGGAGCAUGUCCGCGGCGGUGGACCAGAGCGAUCCGUUGGUCUCCCAUGA